UCUACUUUCUGUGGAGUGGUACUAAAAUAGACAAGCUUAAAAGUCCCGUGACCCCGCGUGUGUCGCGUAAAGUUAAGUUUCAUCUACGUUAGUCUUCCCAUGACGCGCCCGAUAACAAACAAUCUAGUCCAACACACCCCAUUGUUACCCACGUUUCUCCGGCUUCCCCAACUUCGACAGGGAGUUUGAUUAAGCAAAACUAACAAGCCAUGCGUGUGGCAUAGUUCUAUAUUUCUACUAAUUUUUAAACUCGAAAGCAACGCUUAAACAACAACUCCGAAAUCUAGUGCAGACCCAAACUCCGCCACCAACCGUCCAUAAUGGCCCGUCGAACCUCAUCGCGAGCAGCUAGCCAUGAUCAAUAUUCAUCGCCACCCAAGCCCGACGCUUCCAGGCGCACUGUUCGAAGCCCACAGAAACGCUCAACGCGCGCAACCCGCAGCCAGAGUCGAGAUCUUGAUGAGCCUUAUGCGCAGGACCUGAGACAAGGCGGGGGCAGCGUGGACAGUGUAGGCAGCGACGCUAGCAGGGCGAACAAUAGUCGCGGAAAGAAGGUGCGCGGUAAUGCGCCAAUACAACCAGAUUUAUCAAUGGUGGCCGAGGAUGAAGAAAUGCAAGGAUCGCUCGAAAAUGAAGAAGAGGCUCAGGAAUUUCCCAGCGUUCAGCAACCUCCAGAGCCUAUGCCGGGCCUUUCCGAAAUAUCACAGCCAGCGCCUUCGGCUAAGAAAUCCCUUCUCCCUGCCGCUCAGAUCCGUAGUACCUCGCGAGGAAGCAGUCUCUACUGGGGACCGACCAGCGUCAGCUAUCUCUUCUCCAAAAAUCCCCAGGCAAGUGCGGUGCCUCCUUCAAACCAGCAACAACUACAGCAGCAAGUCGCCGCUGGUCCCUCAGCACCCAAGACACCGCAGAAUAGUGCGACGCGCCAUUUACCCUCGACCGCCCCGGCGAAAACAUCACAAGAAGAGCACCCAGAAGCGGAUGACAACAGGCACAUACAUUUCUCGAAUGAGGAUUUUGCAAACAUGAUGACAGAAUAUGACGCGGAGAAGAACAAAGAAAACAGGCCUCUCACUACCGAGGCCAUCCCUCAAACGUCAGCAACAACACUUCCUGCAAACCCUCAACGCAAGUCCUUCAUUGAGCGCCAACCCAGCGCCCAUAGAGUAUCCCAAAUCAGUGACUCCGACGCUGAUUCUCAGCCGGAUCCCACGGCCAAGCAACACGCCAAGCGCACACGAGAGGAACCCGAAGAAGUUUCUGAACACGAGGUAGAAGCGGCUAUGGGUGAGGACGAAAUCCCGGAAGAUGAUGGCUUCGAGCAGGACCGCGCCCGGCUACUUAGUCGCUUCCGGGACCCCCCUCCUGAGGUCAUACAGGUCACAGGAGGUUCGCGCAAACGCGCAAGGAUUCCCAGCCGCGUCGUUUCGCACGGUCCCGUAGGAGAAGUACAGUCCAGACAACCGCGCAUCGAGCCUACAGCGUCCAGAUUGCAGCAGCAGCCCAGUUCCAGCCGAGUGCAAGGUAGCAAUGUCGUUUCUCCUAUCGAAGAGAAAUUGAACGAGAGAAUUAAGGCGUACCAUCAAGCGCAGCACCAAGCAACGCAGUAUGAUGCAGCGCGAGAAAUGGCGGCGCAACAGGCGCAGGCGCGUCAGCUGAAUAUUGGUGCCCACAGGCCGACCCAAAGGCGGAUGAAGUGGACACAAGACGAAGAGGCCGGGUUCAUAAACCUGAUAGGACGGUAUGGGGUUGGCUGGGCAGCACUGCAUGCGAGAGGUCACGCAGAGGGGAUAUUCGACGAAUGUCGGAACCAGGGAUCACUGAAGGACAAGGCUAGGAAUAUGAAAGUUGACUUCCUGAUUUCGGGGGGACCUCUCCCUGCGAAUUUUGACCUCAUUGCGAUAGGGCAGAAGGAGAGAGAUAAGGUGCUUAGCAGGGGCAAGAACCCCUAUCGCAAGGAAGGCGAGCUCGUGGGUCAAGAAGCUAUCGAUAUGGAUGGGCAACCUAGAGGUGUCUUUGACUGAUCUCCUGUCUCUGUUUGUAGGGGCCGUAUGACUGCAAAUGGAUGAGGUGGGUCGGGGUAGGGAGUUGGUCGUGUUUCUGUCUUUUCAAUAUACCCAAGAGGAUCACAAUGGAUGAGUUUUUUCCGUCGUUCACAAGUGGGCUCACAAACCCGUUUUAUUUAUAUAUGAUAACUUUCCUUCGCGCCUUUACGGUUGUUUUGGAUGAUGGUAAUGUUACGAUAUGAGGGGAGAGCUGUGUUGAUUCGGGGAAAUAAUAGGUGUUUUGAUAUCAUAAUUACAAUCAACAUGGGGAGCUGGAGUCUUCCUUAGAUUUUCCUCUUCGUAAUAAGACUGG